CUCCAUUGUAUAUCGUCAAGUAUAUAUAUAUAAUAUAUUUUUUUUGCCGUAUUUAUUGUUCUCGUGACUUUGAAACGACGCUCUUUUCUAUACAAAAUCUAUUUCCAAUUUUCAGCUUCCGUCGUCGUCGACUCGCGAGUUGACCGGCUGCUGCCGUCGACUUGUUGGGACUUGUUUCGUCCCAGUCCGGCGGUGAGAGCGGUGUCCUGGACCCGUCGCGUAACUUCCCGCCUGUUAGUAACCCAGUUGUAAACAUGAUGGAUCCCAUAGAAGUCGCUACCGAAGAAAAGCGUCCGUGGGGGGCUCCGAACGCACCAUGCGCGCCCUGCUCCCUGGCCGAUGUUAUGAGCGAGCAACUGGCUAAGCAGCUGGACGAGGAGUCGCGUUCCUUCCUCAGCUGCCCAGACGCCGCCGCCGCCGCCGCCACUCAGCCCUUCGUCGCCGACGACUCGGACACCUCCAGUGACCUGAUGCUGGCGCAGAUGCUGCAGAUGGAGUUCGACCGGGAAUUCGACACGCAGCUGCGCAGGGAGGAGAGGAAGUUCAAUGGGGACAGUAAAGUAUCCAUCUCCUUUGAGAACUACCGGAAGGUUCACCCCUACGAUGACAGUGACAGCUCUGAAGACGAAGUGGACUGGCAGGACACUCGCCAUGACCCUUAUGGACCAGAUAAGCCUGUGACCACCCCAAGAAAAGGCUUUACUGGAAAAGGCAAGAACAUUACUACCAAGCAUGAUGAAGAUGCAUGUGGCAGGAAAAACACAGCACGUAUGGAGAAUUUUGCUCCAGAAGUUCACAUUGGAGAUGGUAUUGGGAUGGACCUAAAGCUCUCAAAUCAUGUCUACAAUGCCUUGAAGCAGCACUGCUACACUGAGCAACGUCGGAGUGCUAAAUUGCACGAGAAAAAGGAGCACUCCACUGCGGAACAAGCUGUUGACCCCAAGACCCGUCUGCUGAUGUUUAAGAUGGUCAAUGCUGGCAUCCUGGAGAAUAUCAAUGGAUGCAUUAGCACUGGGAAAGAGUCCGUUGUCUUUCAUGCCGAUGGAGGAAGCCUGGAAGACAACCCUGUCCCAGCAGAGUGUGUACUAAAGGUUUUUAAGACCACCCUGAACGAGUUCCGCAAUCGGGAUAAGUACAUCAAGGAUGACUACCGCUUCAAGGACCGUUUCAGCAAACUGAAUCCCCGCAAGAUCAUUCGCAUGUGGGCAGAGAAAGAAAUGCAUAACUUGUCAAGGAUGAAAAAGGCUGGAAUUCCUUGUCCAGAAGUGAUCAUUCUCAAGAAGCACAUUUUGGUCAUGUCUUUCAUUGGACAAGAUCAUGUGCCAGCACCCAAACUGAAAGAAGUGAAACUGGGAACUGAGGACAUGAUGGGAGCUUACUACCAGGUGUUAAAUUUGAUGCAGCAGCUGUACCAAGAAUGCAACUUAGUUCAUGCUGACUUGAGUGAAUACAACAUGCUAUGGCAUGAUGGAAAAGUAUGGCUAAUUGACGUUAGCCAGUCUGUGGAGCCCACCCACCCCCAUGGGCUGGAAUUCUUGUUUCGAGAUUGCAAGAAUGUGUCCACAUUCUUUCAAAAAGCAGGUGUGGCUGAUGUGAUGAAUGUUUAUGACCUCUUCAAUGCUGUGUCAGGACUCCAAAUAAAAGCUGAUAACGAGGCAGAUUUUAUAGCACAGAUUGAAUCUUUGGAGAAGAUGAAUGAGGACCAUGUGCAAAAGCACAGAAAAAAGACCCAUACAUUUGAGGAAGGUGGAGGGCCACCUCUACCCCAAGACGAUGAUUAGUAAUCACUAAAGCUCCAUUAUAAUAAUAGAAUGUUCAUUUUUGAAUUAUGAGCUAUUGAAAAUCCAUUUGUGACUCCUGAUCUCACUGGUUUUUAGGGUGGGUGUAGGAGAAAUUAAUAUAUUCUAAUUAAAUGCAAAUGAGAAAUGCUUUAUGAAUAGCUGUUUGGAACAUGUGGAGUUCAUUUAAUUACUGGUGAUGUUUUGGGUUCCUUUGGGGUGCAUUUUGAAGGCCAUUAAAUUACUGAUCAGACCUGCCAGUAAUAUCAGCUGAACAGUACA